AUGUCGGACGAUGAUUUUAUGCAGGAUUCUGAGGAAGAAUAUGACUUUGAUUAUGACGACUCCGAACCCGAUGAGGCAGGCGACGUGGGAAUUGAGAACAAAUAUUAUAAUGCGAAACAGAUCAAGGUUGACACCCCAGAAGAGGCAGUGGACGAAUUCUUGGGAAUACCGGCCUUGGAACAAGACAAAAGCGAAUGGGGUUUCAAAGGAUUAAAACAGGCCAUCAAGCUGGAAUUCAAGCUUGGGCGAUAUGACGACGCCGUCGAACACUAUCGAGAGCUCCUCAGCUACGUCAAGUCCGCCGUCACGCGCAACUACUCAGAAAAAUCUAUCAAUAACAUGCUCGACUACAUCGAGAAGGGAUCUGACGAUGCCCAGGCCUACAAAUGCAUAGAGGAAUUCUACUCCCUCACGCUGAACUCGUUCCAGAACACCAACAAUGAGCGACUCUGGCUGAAGACUAAUAUUAAACUAUCCCGCCUCUGGCUGGAGCGCAAUGAAUACACCCUGCUCAGCAAGAAAUUACGCGACCUCCACCGGGCCUGUCAACUGGAGGAUGGCACGGAUGACCCCAACAAGGGAACCUACCUGCUCGAACUGUACGCCCUCGAGAUCCAGAUGUACGCGGAAACAAAGAACAACAAACGACUCAAAGCGCUUUACCAACGGGCGCUUCGAGUGCGGUCGGCUGUACCCCAUCCCAAGAUUAUGGGAAUCAUACGCGAGUGCGGAGGCAAGAUGCACAUGAGCGAGGGAAACUGGGAAGAAGCGCAGAUCGCCUUCUUUGAAUCAUUCCGGAACUACGACGAGGCGGGAUCGAUUCAGCGCAUCCAGGUGCUGACGUAUCUCGUCCUGACCACCAUGCUCAUGGAGUCGGACAUCAACCCGUUCGACUCGCAAGAGACAAAGUCCUACAGAAACGACCCUCGCAUCUCGGCGAUGACAAACCUGGUGGACGCAUAUCAGCGCGACGACAUCCACGCGUACGAGGAAGUUUUAAGCAAGAACCCGGAAGUGCUGGCAGACCCGUUCAUCGCGGAGAACAUCGACGAGGUCAGCCGCAACAUGCGCACGAAGGCGGUGUUGAAGUUGAUUUCCUCAUAUUCGCGCUUCUCGCUCCAAUUCAUCUCGAAGAACAUCAAGAUCCCCGUGGCCGAAGUGACUGAUAUCUUGAGCUUCCUGGUUCUUGAGAAGAAGAUUGAUGCGCGGGUUGACCAGCUUAAUGGGACAGUAAUGAUGGCCAACAAAGUUGAUGCGGACCGAAUGGGGGCGCUGCAAGAGUGGAGUUCAUCCUUGCAAACUCUUUCGUCCAGCAUACUCAGAACAAAAGAAGUUUCGGGACCUCCGGUUCCAACACCCACCCGCAUACGAAAAGGCAAAGGGCCUAGUGAUGGUCGGCAUAAAUUUGCAAUGUCGUAG